AUGCGUCCAGAAACUGGCUGUUUCAGUCAUCCAGGGGAUAAAAAUGUUAGAACUAACCAGGCAGCCAUGAUGGCAGAGGAGCUGAAGAAAGAGCAAGACACCAGUGCCCACCUGGAAAGGAUGAAGAAGAACCUGGAGCAGACCGUGAAGGACCUGCAGCACCGUCUGGAUGAGGCAGAGCAGUUGGCACUAAGAGGUGGCAAGAAGCAACUACAGAAAUUGGAAGCCAGGGUCCAUGAGUUGGAAAAUGAACUUGAUGCUGAACAGAAACGAGGAGUUGAGGCUAUCAAAGGAGUGAGAAAAUAUGAGCGGAGGCUGAAAGAAAUAACUUACCAGGCUGAAGAAGAUAAGAAAAAUGUUUUCAGACUCCAAGACCUGGUGGACAAGCUGCAGCUGAAAGUGAAAGCGUAUAAGAGACAAGCCGAGGAGGCUGUAAGUGCCCAGAUCUCAAAUAUUCCCUGUCAGGCUUAA